AUGCUGGCCCGCUCAGCAAAAGUGCUCUCUGGAAUUUGCUUCGAUCAGUCGGGCACCUAUUUGGCUGUUGCUGGUGCAGAUGUCCAGGUGAUUCAUGUGAAGCCAUGGAGCGUGCUUGCUACUUUGACAGACCAUAAGGAUGCCGUUACAUCGGUAAGAUUUGGCCGAAACGCGCACAGUUUGUUAUCUGUUGGCAUGGAUCGAUCGCUGCGAAUCUACAUGGCAUCGCAGUAA